AUGGCUCAGCCAAGCGAAGAGUUGCAGCAAGAGCUUCUAUCCGUGUUGACAGGAAACUAUUUGACAUACUCGGUGUUGUGCCUUGUGGUGUACGAAUACUCCAUAACUCUACACCAAGAGGUUGCCGUGGUAUGGAGAAGGAAACCUACGGUCACCUCGGUGCUACUGCUUACCACUCGAUGGCUUAUGCUUCUCAACCCGAUUCUGAAUGCGACACCCUCAACAGGAGCAUGGUGUGAGUCCGAGUCUGCCGAAUGGAAUUAUGAUGAAUUUAUUGACCUCAUGUCACCACAUAUCAUCCCAAGGUGUAAACAAGCUUUCGUACUGGACAAGCUUAUCUACUUCAUGGAGACGGUACUGGUCUCAUUGUUCUCUGCCCUGCGAGUCUGGGCACUCUGGCGGGAGUCAUGGACGAAAUAUGCCUUGCUUACCAUUAUACUCAUAUUAGGAACAGUCCCCGUUGGAACAAACAUUUUCCUAUGGGCGCGUUCUGUAAUCGAAUACACGGUCACUCCGUCGCUCAUUACAUGCACCUACAUUGACAAAAUUCCGCCAAACUUGAACACGAACGUCCUUCUGGUUAUAAAUAUUCUUGAUCUCCUCACAUUCUCUGAAAGCGGAAACGAUGGCACCUACAUAAACAUCUUUGUCUCGUUCAUGCCCCUUUUGCUGGUGCAGCGCUUCAUGCUCAACCUCCGCCGGCUCGGCACCGCCGAUGGAAGCAGCUCAGAUACACACCAUCCCUCCCUCCCCUCCAUUAGCUUCAGGGCUCCCUCUGAUUUCCUUGGGAAUAUUGGAGAGCCUCUGGACCACAGCCACUUGGAGCGAGUUGAAGGCAUUGGUGACGACGACAGCUGGGAGGCAGAAGAGCUACGAGGAGGACUCGAAGAGGGUUUCGCACACCAGCCGGAUCCGCCAGUUUUAUACCAAGAUGGUACAAUUGAAACCGCCGGCGUGGCCGCCACAGCACUGAAGUCCGCCGAACACUCAAGCGAGAGGGACGUCAUUGUAUUCGAGUCGUCCGCUUACUCACGCGAAACGGUGGAAGUUGGGCCUUCUGCGAUUGCCCAUUAGGCAAG